GGAGUAAAGCUAAUCGCUUCAGGUACUUAGAAGAUGCGAUGUGUGACGUGCAGGGCUCCGUACUUUUACAAUGCGCAAAACACCAGACAGCCGACACAAUGAGACGAGCUAACGCAGUCAGCACCAUCCCGCUACAAAACAAGCCGCUUCGUGCGAGUUCAAGAGAGUCUGGGGCGGAGGAGGAUCGGGAGAAGCGCAGGCUGCGAGUGCUGCUGGACAUGGAUGGUGUGAUCGCGGACUUCGAGGGAGGAUUCCUGAACAAGUACAGGGAGAGGUUUCCCAGCGAGCCCUUUAUACCUCUAGAGGACAGAAGAGGAUUCUGGGUGUCCUCGCAGUAUGGAGACAUGAGGAGGGACCUGUGUGAAAAGGCCAUCAGCAUUUGGGAGUCAAAAAACUUCUUCCUGGAGCUGGAGCCUCUUCCUGGAGGAGUGGAGGCAGUGAAGGAGAUGUCCAAGAUGGAGAAUACAGAUGUCUUCAUUUGCACCAGUCCAAUAAAGCAUUACAGCUACUGUCCGUUUGAAAAGUAUGCCUGGAUUGAGAAACAUCUGGGCCCCGAGUUCCUGGAGAAGAUCAUCUUGACCAAAGACAAGACCAUAGUGACCGGAGACAUCCUCAUCGAUGACAAGCCUGAGAUCCUGGGUGUGGAGCCCAGUCCGUCCUGGGAGCAUGUCCUGUUCACUGCCUGCCACAACAAGCACCUGCCACCAAAUACAUCCCAAAGACGCCUUCUGUCCUGGGCUGACGACUGGAGGGGCCUUCUGGAGAGCAAACGGCAGUAAAACAGCAUCACAUCAGCCCUCGUGUUCAGUAUCACUUUGUAAAAACCUUUGAUUAUUGACAGGCGUGCGAAAAACGGGAGUGUUUUUAUAUAUACAACUGUGAAACGGAUUCUAUCUUUCAUGCAUAUCUAUUUUAUUGUUUAAUAUGCUUCUACUGAGGGUUUGAGAUUCAUAGUUUACAUCAAGCAUAAACUGCCUUCCACCUCAGGCUCCAACGGGAUCUUUCUAGAAGUAUAGGGAGGAUAUUUCAAUCCUAUUUGCGCACAUAUGUGCAUGCAAACAUAUGCAUGCAAUUGUCAAACUCAAUAAGAUGUUUCACUGGUUUUCUCAUUCUGUUGGGAGUAUGUUGACAUAUUUAAUUUAUAAUGAAAUGCAGUUUUAAUUCAGGGAGAACACGGUGGUUGACAGAACAAGAUGUGUUUAUUUGUGUUUUGUUCCAUGUCAUAGAAAAAGGUUCUUUUGAGAGUCACUCAGGCCGUGAUGAAAGCCAAAGCAGUGUAUGUGGAGCUCCUGUACUGUGAUCAGCUUCUCUGAAGGCUGUUUUUUGGACAUGUACCACUCUGGACACUAGAGGACGCUGAGAGCACAUGUAGUUAUUAGUUGCUUUUUAACCAGGGCUCAUUUCGGUUCAUGCUUUAUUAGUUUGGAAUGAAUCUUUUAAUAAACUUUUUUUAUGCAUUGAG